GCGACUAGAGGAAUCCCGGCGGCAAUGCUCCCCAGACCUUCUGUUGGCACAGGACAGGAACCAUUCCCGAAGACAACUCAUCAGACAUGAAAGGGACUGGUCAGCGGGGGGGAGAGAGAUGCUGAUGAAGAGUGAGCUAACUAAAUCAGGUGGACACUUGAGAGUGUGUUGGCAACUCUUGUCUGGAGGGGGGAUGGGAGGAUAGAGAGCGAGGGAAGCUGGCAAAAUUGUCACGAAACGAGAGACCGAAAGGAUUGACUUAAUAGGGGGAGAGCAAGUGGGAGAAGGGAGUAAGAUGAAUGUAAACUUACAUGUGACAGACUGAUUGGAUUUGUAAAUGUUCACUUGAAGCUUAAUAAAAGUUAAAAAAAAAUGUCAUUGGAAUUUGGAUCGGAAGUGCAUUGUAUGUAUAGAUGGCUUUUGGUAGAAUAGACAUUUUUACUAUGUUAAGUCUUCCUAUCCAUGAGCAAGGUAUGUUUUUCCACUUAUGUAGGUCCUUUUUAGUUUCGUGCACUAGUACUUUGUAGUUUUCUUUGUAUAGGUCUUUUACAUCUUUGGUAAGAUUUAUUCCUAAGUAUUUUAUCUUCUUGGGGGCUACUAUGAAUGGUAUUGAUUUGGAGAUUUCCUCUUCGAUGUUCUUUUUGUUGAUGUAGAGGAAUCCAAGUGAUUUUUGUAUGUUUAUCUUAUAACCUGAGACUCUGCCAAACUCUUCUAUUAGUUUCAGUAGUUUUUUUUUUAAUCUUUUUUAAUAUAUUUUUUUAUCUUUUUGAGUAUAUGCCAAAUAAAACUUUGUUUUUGUUUUACUAAAUUUUGUGAUGUUUUUCUCCUACAACAGCCUCUUAAGGGCAGAGACUGUGCCUGCUGUGCUCACUGCUGCCCACCCCCAUGCCAAGAACAGUGCUGAGUGCACAGAAGGUGCUCAGUGACCUUGCAGUGUGUGCAUAGCUCUGGGAGGUACAGAUUUUCCCCUCAGCUUAGAGCCGAAGACAUAAGUGUCAGAGGAAAUAAAGCCCGAGGUGCUGAGUCAUGGGGUUUCUGUUUUACACUGCCUGACUCAGAGCUCGUGCUUCAGGUUCUCUCUGCCAAUGCCUUUCUGGGCUGGCUGCCCACCAAGGCGGAAUCAGCCAGGGCUCUGGGGAUUGGAUGGUUCAACUGUCUCCGGGUUGAAGGACAGGCCAGGGGCAAAGAAGUCCCAGAAGGAGGUAGGGGAGGUUGUGCAGGACAAGCUGCUGGGGACAGAAGGCCUGUGGGAUGUCUCUGCUCAACCUGUUGUGGCUGGGACUGUGGCCCGGGGCAGCCUCCCUAUGGCUGAUCCUGCUGGUGGCUGGGGCCUCCUGGCUCCUGGCCCGCUUCCUGGCCUGGACCUACACCUUCUAUGACAACUGCCGCCGCCUCCAAUGUUUCCCACAGCCUCCAAUGAGGAACUGGUUCUUGGGGCACCUGGACCUGGUCCCCCCCACGGAGGAGGGUUUGAUGGAACAGACUCAUCUGGUGGCCACCUACCCCCAGAGCUUUAAGACCUGGUUGGGCCCCAUCUGCCCCGUCAUCACUCUGUGCCACCCUGACAUCAUUCGGCCUGUUCUUAAUGCCUCAGCUGCCAUUUUACCCAAGGACAUUAAGUUCUACAGCCUCUUGAAGCCCUGGCUGGGGGACGGGCUCCUGCUGAGUGGUGGCGACAAGUGGAGCCGCCACCGCCACCUGCUGACACCCGCCUUCCACUUUCAAGUCCUGAAGCCCUACGUGAAGAUGUUCAAUGAGACCGUGAACUUCAUGCACGCCAAGUGGCAGCGCCUGGCCUGUGAUGGCAGUAUCCGUCUGGAGAUGUUUGAGAACAUCAGCCUCAUGACCCUGGACAGUCUGCAGAAAUGUGUCUUCAGCUUUGACAGCCACUGCCAGGAGAAGCCCAGUGAAUACCUUGCUGGCAUCUUGGAGCUUAGUGCCCUUGUGCUGAAACGGUACAAUCGGCUCUUCUUCUUGCGCUUGGACUUCUUGUAUCACCUCACUCCUGAUGGGCGGCGCUUCCACAGGGCCUGCCGCCUGGUACAUGACUUCACAGAUGCCGUCAUCAAGAAGCGGCGCCACACCCUCUCAGAUCAGGGUAUCGGUGAGUUCCUCAAUGCCAAGACUAAGGCCAAGACUUUGGACUUCAUCGAUGUGCUCCUGCUGAGCAAGGAUGAAAAUGGGAAGCAGUUAUCAGAUGAGGACAUCCGAGCGGAGGCAGACACCGUCAUGUUCGGGGGCCACGACACCACGGCCAGUGGCCUCUGCUGGGCCCUGUACAACCUUGCGAGGCACCCAGAAUACCAGGAGCGCUGCCGGCAGGAGGUGCGAGAGCUCCUGAAGGACCGCCAACCAGAGGAGAUUGAAUGGGACGACCUGGCCCAGCUGCCCUUCCUGACCAUGUGCAUCAAAGAAAGUCUGCGGCUGCAUCCCCCAGCCACCUCCAUUUCCCGCACCUGUACUCAGGACGUGGUGCUCCCUGACGGCUGUGUCAUCCCCAAAGGGAACACCUGUGUCAUCAACAUCUUUGCCAUCCAUCACAACCCAUCUGUGUGGCCGGAUCCUGAGGUAUACAACCCCUACCGCUUUGAUCCAGAAAACAUCCAGAAGAGGUCACCGCUGGCUUUUAUUCCUUUCUCAGCGGGGCCCAGGAACUGUAUCGGGCAGACGUUCGCUAUGACUGAGAUGAAGGUGGUCCUAGCGCUCACGCUGCUGCGCUUCCGCGUCCUGCCAGACCAGAGGGAACCUCGGCGGAAGCCAGAAGUGGUCCUGCGCGCUGAGGGCGGGCUGUGGCUGCGGGUGGAGCCCUUGGUCGAGGGCCCGAAGUGAUCCAUCCCCCUUCGUCCGCCCCUUAGACCUACCCACCUACCUUGGCUGACUACCGGGAA